ACGUGCAAUACACAGUUCCCACACGAGUGGAAGACCACACAAUCAAGCUUUCUUGCACACGCACUCCUGGAAGAGAGAAUGGCAGAAAGAGAGAAACAGAGAGAGUGCCUGUCUGCGUCGCGCAUAGCUUGAAGCAUCCCUCGCAUUGAUUGUAUCUCUGGUUGCUCCUUUCGACCAUCAUAAUCGCACUCGAUGAUGGCCUUGAAAUUUCUCCAUGUUCAAUUUUGAGUAGAAUAGCAGCUCUUUGUUUUCCUUUGGUGCUUCUUUUCAUUUGGGUAUGGAGCACCUCCCUGUUGAAGUGAUAGGAAACAUACUAUCUCGGCUUAAGGCUGCCCGAGAUGUUGUCAUUGCAUCCACCACUUGCAAGAAAUGGCGUGAAGCUUGGCGUACCCACCUCCACACUCUUUCCUUCAAUUCCAAUGACUGGCCUGUUUACCAUGAUCUCACCACCAGCAGAUUGGAAAUUCUCAUAACUCAAACCAUAUUCCAAACAACUGGACUACAAAGUUUGUCGAUUUUCAUGGAUGAUGCGGAUGAGUUCUCGGCUGCCCCUGUGAUUGCUUGGCUUAUGUAUACCAGGGAAACACUGCGUGAGUUGUAUUAUAAUGUGAGGACCACCCCAAAUAUUAAUAUAAUUGAGAAAUGUGGUCGGCAUAAGCUGGAAGUGUUGGCAUUAGCUCAUAACUCCAUAGCAGGUGUUGAACCCAGUUACCAGAAAUUUCCUUGCUUGAAAUCACUCGCUUUGAGCUUUGUUAGUAUCUCUGCUUUGGAUUUAAGCCUUCUGCUGACUGCCUGUCCAAAAAUUGAGACCUUGACCCUUAUUAAUCCCGAUGUUGUCAUGUCCGAUGCACAGGCAACUAUGGAACUUACCAGUACCUCACUCAAGGAUAUUUAUGUUGAAGCGAUUAGUUUGGACAAAUUCAUAUUGGAGGCCGAUAGUCUUGAGAAGUUGCAUUUGAAAGAUUGUACUCUGGAGCUCUUUGAGCUUAUUGGCAAGGGGUCCUUGAGGGUUCUAAAGAUUGAUGAUGUAAGUGUCCUCCAACUUGAUAUUGGUGAGAGCACAGCUAAUCUUGAGGUUGUGGAUGUUAGCAACUUCACCAUCACAGGGCCAAAGUUCUACAAUAUGAUAUCAAAAUCAUCAAAGUUGGUGAGGCUUCGGCUCUGGGGAGUAGUAUUUGAUGAUGAAGAUGAGGUUGUUGAUCUGGACAACAUGCCUGUUUGCUUUCCUUGGUUAACCAACCUGUCAUUAAAUUAUGAUUUAAGAGAUGAGGUUCUUCAUUAUGGCUUGCAUGGGUCAUGUCAGUUUAACAACGUUGCUGUGUUAGAAUUGGGAUGGUCAGUAAUCAAUGAUCAAUUUACAGACUGGGUGGCAGGGCUCCUAGCUAGGUGCCCCAAUUUGAGGAAAUUGGUUAUUUAUGGGGUUGUUUCUGAGGCUAAAACCCAUGUUGAGUGCCAGAUUUUAGCUAAUUUCACCUCAUCCAUUGUUCGUCUUAUGAGAAAAUAUAUGCAUGUGGAAGUUCAGUUUGAAUAUGAAUAGAAGUUUUGCAAUGUGCAUUGAUCCCCAUUUACAUUUAGUUUGUACUGGAGGAAAUAUGUUACUCAAUGAAAAAGCUUAUCAGCGCCUUUUUU